UUCAUUCCUUUUUAUCCGACAUAUACGGGCAUACCAUACAAAGCUUCUCCUAUCUAAAUAUUGAUAUUGAUAUUGAUCCCUACGAAGAGAAACAAAUGGCGGCUUUUAUCGCCCGAUAUC